UAUGUAACGGCCGCGCGCCGCCAUUGGCCGGUGCCGCCCGGGGCGCGCGGCGCGGGGGCGGGUCCGGCGCACGCGCAGUGCCGGCCCCGCUCCCUCCUCCUCCUCCUCCUCCUCGUUCUCCCGAGCGGCGGCGGCGGGGCCGCGCGGAGCCUCCACAGCGCUCGGCAGGGCCGCCCAGCCCGCAUCCCGCAUCCCGCACGGAUAUGGCUCGUGGACAGCAGAAGAUUCAGUCGCAGCAGAAAAAUGCCAAAAAGCAAGCUGAGCAAAAAAAGAAACAAGGACAUGAUCAGAAGGCUGCAGCCAAGGCUGCCUUGAUAUAUACCUGCACUGUCUGUAGGACUCAAAUGCCGGAUCCCAAGACCUUCAAACAGCACUUUGAAAGCAAGCAUCCUAAGACUCCACUUCCUCCAGAAUUGGCUGAUGUUCAGGCAUAAAGUUGUCUACAGGUGAAGUCAUGACACCUAUUGACUCUUCUACUGUCAGACCUUACAUAACAAACCUGCAGCUGCUUUUCUAAAACUGUUGAUCAGCAAAAAUGAAGGGGCUACAGAAACAUUCAUAUUUUUAUGCUGUUCCCUCUUGGGCUUCAUGCAAAGACAAUUCUGUGUAAAUGUACAGUUGUGCCCUAUUUGGAAAUCCUAAAAAAUCAGUCCAUACUUGUUAUAAAAAAUUUUUUACAAUUGUAAUUAUAUUGAUGUUCAUAUUGUGUAAAAUAACUCACUUAAUAAAGUAGUACUUUGAUUUUACAAUA